AUGCCAUCCAUCCCAAUCCCGCCCUCCAUUCCUCUCAAACUCCUCCCAUCCAUCGAAAUGAGGGAGAUUUACUCACCAGACCUUUUGGCGACGGCAACGACGACGAGGAGAGACUUUCUUGCACUGAUGGACAGACUCUCACAACACCUGCAAACUGGAUCACCGGUACCGGCGCCCAAUUUGGAUAGUCCACCCCGGCUGGCACUUUCCCUCAGCGCUCAGCUUGGCGCAGCCGCAUGUCAUCCUUUGCUCAUCCUCUUGACCCGGAACUCGACGACUGCCGUCCAUUCUUCCGUGCCGCACGUCUACAAGGGCAUACCGCCGUUCACCGCAAACCCUCUUGUCACCGAUUGGCAAAGCUACCUGCACCCCUAA